CUUCUUCCCGACUGACUCUCGCAGGGCUCCGGCCGCCAUGGCCACACCGGCCAAUGCCCAGAGCGCCAGCAAGACCUGGGAGCUCAGCCUCUACGAACUCCACCGGACGCCCCAGGAGGCGCUGAUGGACGGGACGGAGAUUGCGGUCUCCCCGCGCAGCCUGCACAGCGAGCUGAUGUGCCCCAUCUGCCUGGACAUGCUCAAGCACACCAUGACCACCAAGGAGUGCCUCCACCGCUUCUGCUCCGACUGCAUCGUCACCGCACUCCGCAGCGGGAACAAGGAGUGCCCCACGUGCCGCAAGAAGCUGGUCUCGAAGCGCUCACUCCGCCCGGACCCCAACUUCGACGCGCUCAUCUCCAAGAUCUACCCCAGCCGCGACGAGUACGAGGCCCACCAGGACCGGGUCCUGGCCAAGCUCAACCGCCUCCACAACCAGCAGGCCCUGCGCAGCAGCAUGGAGGAGGGCCUCAAGGUCCAGGCCAUGAACAGGGGUCAGCGCGUCCGGAGGCACCCUCAUGAGUCGGACAAUGCCACCUUCAGCGGGGCGGAGGACAACUGCGACAGCCGCUCGCACAUGAGCAACGCCUCGGCCCCCAGCCAGAGCGGGACCCCUGGCCCCAGCCGCAGCAAGCGCUCCCGGGCCUCGGAGGAUGGAUCGGGGCCCGAGCAGGAGGCCUCCCACGACGGAGGGGCAGGGGGAGGGGAAGGAGGAGAGAGAGCGGAGGAGCCCGGCACCGGAGUAGGAGGCGGCGGCGGCAGCGGAGGAGGAGCGGGAAGCGGCAGCGAGAUCGAGCUGGUCUUCCGGCCCCACCCGGUCCUGGUGGAGAGAGGGGGCUACUCCCAGACCAGGUACGUGAAGACCACGGCCAACGCCACGGUGGACCACCUCUCGAAGUACCUGGCGCUGCGCAUUGCCCUGGAGGAGGCCCCCACCCCUGGCCCCGAGCCCCCCGCCCUGCGCGACGUUAGCGAGAAGCAGUACACCAUCUACAUCACCACCCCGGGAGGGGCCUUCACGACGCUGAAUGGCUCUGCGACCCUGGAGCUGGUGAACGAGAAGUACUGGAAGCUGAGCCGGCCCCUGGAGCUCUACUACGCCCCCACCAAGGAGCAGAAGUAGCCCCAAGCGGGACACCCGAUGCUGCCCCCCCCCCUUUCACUCUCUGGGCCCCAAAAGGACUCUGGAGGGCGGCACCGGGUUCACGUUCCAGGACUCAGAGAGAGAAAGAGAGGGAGGCUGGCCUUGCCCUUUGGGGGAAACUCUCCUACAAAGGAAGGAAGGAAGGAAGGAAGGAAGGAAGGAAGGAAGGAAGGAUAGAAGGAGCCUUGCAAACGGCAAACCCGCCUUCGGCUGAGCAAGUCUCUCCCUGGCACCCCGGCACCCCUUUCUCUCCCCCUCCUCGCAAAGAAGGACUCCUUCCGGCCCGCUUUGGCUUCUCUCUUUUGCUCCCUUUGGCUUGACUGACGGACCGCUCGCUCGCUCGCUCACUGGCUGGCUGCUGCUUCCCCCACACGUUGGGGGCCGGGGGAGAGGGCAGGUGGGGGUGAGGGCGAGGAGGCCACCGGCGCGAUGUUUUGGAUCCCUGGCCUUUUUACAGACGCAGAGGUCUUUUCCUCCUCUUUUUUGUGGAAAUGAAUUCAUCACGGAAGUUUUGGGUCACUUUGGAAACUCA